CAACCUCCCAAUUAGAUUUCCGCCACUCCAAAUCCCAUUCCAACUAACACACUACACAUACUGACUUCAACUUCAACAUGGCUGGGAUUAUCGGAGCUUCCUCCACUGCACCAAUCUUUGCCUCCAGGCCCCUUUCUUCUCACUCAUCACCAACUCCCUCUUUCUCCCUCCACCCCUCUCCUGGGCUAAGUUCAGGGAGGAAAUUCUAUGGGGGAGUUGCACUCCCCUUGAAGAAAGGGCGCUCUCAUUUACAUCUCUCUAUUUCCAAUGUUGCCACUUCUCCCGCUCAAGAAGAGGUUCAGAAGCUAACUUCUUCCAAGGAGAACCAGAGGCCAGUUUAUCCAUUUGCAGCUAUAGUUGGGCAGGAUGAGAUGAAACUGUGCCUUUUAUUGAAUGUGAUUGAUCCCAAGAUAGGAGGGGUGAUGAUCAUGGGUGAUAGGGGGACUGGGAAGUCUACCACUGUUAGAUCUUUAGUCGAUUUACUCCCCGAAAUCAGAGUAGUCUAUGGGGAUCCAUUUAACUCGGAUCCAGAGGAUGCUGAAGUGCAGGGGCCGGAAGUACGUGAUAAAGUCAUGAAAGGUGAACAGCUCCCUGUUGUUUCCACCAAAAUCAAUAUGGUUGAUCUGCCUUUGGGUGCCACAGAAGAUAGAGUUUGUGGCACAAUCGACAUUGAGAAAGCUCUUACCGAAGGUGUGAAGGCGUUUGAGCCUGGCCUCCUGGCUAAAGCCAACAGAGGGAUUCUGUAUGUGGAUGAGGUUAAUCUUUUGGAUGAUCAUUUAGUGGAUGUUCUACUGGAUUCUGCUGCCUCGGGUUGGAACACUGUCGAGAGAGAGGGAAUCUCAAUUUCGCACCCAGCCAGGUUCAUACUCAUUGGAUCUGGAAAUCCGGAAGAGGGAGAACUGAGGCCACAGCUUCUCGACCGUUUUGGAAUGCAUGCUCAAGUUGGAACAGUGAGGGAUGCUGAGCUCAGGGUCAAGAUAGUCGAGGAGAGAGCACGAUUUGACAAGAAUCCUAAAGAAUUCCGGGAGUCCUACAUCGCAGAGCAAGAGAAACUCCAGCAGCAAAUUGACUCAGCCAGGAGUGCCCUUUCCUCCGUUACAAUAGAUCAUGAUCUCCGAGUAAAAAUCUCCAAGGUCUGCGCUGAGCUCAAUGUGGAUGGACUGAGAGGUGAUAUAGUUUCGAAUAGGGCAGCAAGAGCAUUGGCGGCUCUCAAAGGAAGAGAUAAAGUAACAACAGAGGAUAUUGCCACUGUCAUCCCAAACUGCUUAAGACACCGACUUAGAAAGGAUCCUCUGGAGUCAAUCGACUCAGGCGUACUCGUGAUUGAGAAAUUCUACGAAGUUUUUGGCUGAUGGAGAAGAGACGGAUGUCGCGUGUGCAGCCGGGGAAUGGUAAAAGAGGGGCGGCGACUCCCAGCACAUGGAGAAGACGAUUUCCAAAUCACCGGUCAAUUAUUUUAUGGAGUGUUCGAAUGAGAAAAAUGAAAGAGGAAUCAGAGAAGUAUAGUUCGUGGAGUGUUCGAAUGAGAAAGAAGAAAGACAUGUUCUAUAUUUUGUUGAUUAUGCACACAAAGGUAUCAAACAUAAUGUUCUAGACUAAAGUAGUAAAACAAGUACUCCUAUAUGUAAGACUAAUUUCCGACUUUAGUUUUUAAAUAAUAAUAGCAAGUGUUGAUUGCAUAGUAAAUUAAGAGUAUUUUAUUGAAGAA